CACGUGAUCACAGCAGGAGGAGGAGGAGCCACGUGAUCACAGAAGCCUGAGAAACACGGCGGUGACGUCAUCGCGGCGAACAUGGCGAGCGCGGUGGAAGGAGGCGGCGGCGGUGGUGGCUCCAUCCCCUUCUCGUUCACAAACAACAACAACAGCAGCAGCAGCAGCAACACAAUGGCGAGCCCGCAGGAGGUGCAGCGUGAAAUCAAGGCCUUCUUGUCGGGCAUGGACCCGGUGCAUGGGAACAAGCUCACUCUGCGUGACCACGCCAAGUGCGCCCUCCUGCUGCUCAGGCACCUGCCGGCGUCCCGCGGCGCGGUUUUGGAGCAUCUGUGCGGUGUCUUUGACGAGUACGUGGGCAACUAUGUGCUGGAGAUGGACGAGCAACCUGGACAUAGCAUGGGCGGAGGCAUGCAGAACUUGGGCCUCAGCCUCAACCUGGAUGACGUCGUGACGGACGCUCACCGCACCAUCGCCGAGUUUGUGCGCGUGAACCCGCGAGCCUGGGCCCCGCUUAUCUCAGCCUGGUCAGUGGAGCUCAUGGGCCGGCUGAGCAGCAAGUAUGCGGGCCGCCACGGUGUGCCGCACACGGGCUCGCUUAACGAGCUGCUGCAGACCUGGAUGGGCUGCAAGGCCACGCGCACCCUCAUGGACAUGUACGUACAGUGCCUGGCAUCGUUGGAUGGACCCUCGCUGGACGUGUGCGUGGGCGCGCUGCUCGACACGUCCGUCCGGCACUCGCCGCACUUUGACUGGGUGGUGGCGCAUAUCGGAUCGUCGUUCCCCAGCACCAUCAUCAGCCGCGUGCUCUCCUGUGGCCUCAAGGACUUCUGCCUGUCCGGAGUCGGCACGCAGGCGGUGGACCCUGUCUAUCAGGACAAGCGUGUGGCCAAGAUCGGUUCGGUGGUGGGCAUCCUGGGCCACCUGGCGGGGCACCACGCUGACAGCAUCAAACAGGAGCUGCUCAAGCUCUUCCACGAGAGCCUCUCGCCUCCCGACGGCGACGGGCGCGACCCGGCGGGCGACGUGCGCCUGCGCGCGGCCACCGUGCCCUUCCUGCUGCAGCUGGCGUCGCUGUCGCCGCCGCUGCUCGGCGCCGUCUCCUCGGAGCUGAUGGAGGCGCUGGCGCCGGCCGCGGUGCUGCAGCGCCUGCAGCAGCAGCUGACGGCGCUGCCGCGCGACGAGCUCGACAACAUGCUGGGCAUGGCCGUGCACCUCGUGGGGCAGACGGGCGAGGCCGGCGCCUACAGGGUCUUGCAGUUCCUGGUGCGCAUGGCCACCCCCUCCUCCGUGAUUUCGGUAGCCGGGAGUGGCAGCGGUGGGGCCGGGCAAGAUGUGGCGGGGGCAACGUUGCGUGGCGGUCAGCACAACGUGCCGAGCGGCGUGCGCGACACGUGCGAGAGAAUCCUGCAGUUGCUGCUGCUCAACCUGCACAAGAUGGUCUACAACCGGCCAAACAAUCGGCUCAGCGACACAUCGGUGCCUUUUCUGGAUGGGUUACGGUCACGAGUCGGCGAAAUAUGCGAGGAGAUGCUUCGCCUCGACUGGAAGUGCCACCUCUGGUUGCAGCAGCUGCUCAGCCUCCUUUGUGUGUAUGGAGGGGCGAGCUUGGCCACGGAGGCUCUCUGCCAUGCCCUGUCCCUCGCAAGGGGACCGGAGGAGCUAAGCCUGGUGGUGCAGCUCUACGCCGAGCUCUCGUGCUCCAUGACGGGGCUCCUGCCGGCCGCGGUGCGCCUCUCCGUGGCCCAGGUCUUGUGCAGCGGCGAGGGCUACAUGAGUGCUCGCCGCGUGGCCUGCCUGCUCAACAACUUCGCCUGCCUCUUGCAGUGGGACCCACCCGACGGGGUGGCCGAGAGGGCCCUCCCCGUGCCCGCGGGUCGCCUGCUCACCGAGGCCGUGUGCGAGCACCUGCAGGCAGUCAGCCGGCUGCUUCUGCACCCCGACGGCCAGGUGGCAGAGGCAUGUGUAGCGAUGCUGGCCGUUCUGCCUCUUCCCAAGACCCUUGGCGUAUGCCAGCUGUACAAUGCCAUCAGUGCAGGCACCGCCUACUUCUUCAUCCUGCUUCACAGCAAGCAGGCAGGCGCCAUAGGCCACUGCUCCAGGCUCCUCACCAAAUUGAGCUCCGUUUCAUCUCGUGGUCAGAAGGAGGUUCUCGCGCAGCUGGUUAGGGGAGCCAUGCAUGCAGACAAUGCCGUGCUGUUUGGAGGAAAGACGGAGGCAUCCCGUACCACCGACCCGAUUUCGGAGGAUCUCCAGACUCGCCUACUCGCGUUGAACCGAAAGCACGGUUCUGCUGCCAACUACGGCCUUGGCCCAUGGAUUGUGUUCCAUGCCGGCGUGAUCGGUCGUGGGCUCAAGGCGCCAACUGAGCCAAGCCGUGAGCCCCCCAGCCAGGAUAACACACAGUGGCUACUGAGCCUCCUCAUCCGCUGCUGCAGUAGCAGCACCGUGGGUGCCUGUCGCCCAGAGCCGGGUUGCGACGCUGCUCAGCAGCUGCAGCAGCAACAGCAGCACACCCGCCAGGAGCAUCCGCCCAUGCCCAUCAACCCAGAGGCAGCGCGCUCUCUCGCCGUGCUACUGGUUGAAAGCAUCUGCCCCGACGUGACCAACAGCGAGCUGGCGUGGCCUCCUGAGGAGCACGCUCGGCACACGGUGGAGCGAGACCUAAAGAUCCAGCGGCGCUUUGAGGACAACCCCUUCCUCUUCCAGCUGCUGUGGCUCGUGGCAUCUGGCCGGCCUGCGCUGUGCUACUGCUCGGUGCUUCUGCGCGGGCUGCUUGCCACGCUGCUGACGCACUGGGAGGCAUCGCGCGAGCCACGAGCCGUGGACUCGGCCUGGGCUCUGGAGGCCUCGCAGGCGCUGAUCGCGAGCAUGGGAGAGGGCCAGCUGUUGCCACCUGUGCUGGCCAACGUGCACGAGCUGUUUGCCCUGAUAACGCCACACGAGGUGCACAUGCUGCUGCUGUCCGUCUGGCAGUACGUGCAGGACAAUGCGCCACUGCCACAGAAAUUCACAUUCCAGCCGCACGCGGGGCAGUUUUACCGCGACUUCAGUAGGGACGGUGAUGUUGGCAAGCACCUGACCGAGCUCUACAGUGUCCUGCACAAGAACAUAGAUACGCUUGGUCACCUCCUAGGAAGAUUUCAGAUCUAAGUUUUUCUCGAGCUUUGAGGCCAUACAAUGAACUUAUAAGUUAAUGGUCUUCCGCAUUAUUGGCUCCACAGACCUGAUUUUCUUGGAAAACCAUGUGUGUGCUUAGGCAGGCUCGGGCAAACAUAAAUUAGUCAACACUGAUAAUUAAAUCAUUUUCAAAUUGUAAUGUAUGAUGUAUAUUAUUUGUAUGCUGUGUAUAUAUGAAGUCUUUUCAUUGCUGCCAUUUUGUGUCAAUCACGGAGCCUUUGUUGAAGCAAUUUUCACUUCUGUAUCUAAAUGCAGCGCUAUCCUGUUGUAAGGAAGCAGACAAUUACAAUACAGCUGUACAGAUUUUCACUUGUAGCUUGUGUACUGAAAGCCGAGUACUACCAGUUGGAGCAUAAUCCAACCCUGUAAUUUGUUCCUCCCACCAGUGCUACUGUUAUUAAAGGUUGUGUUAAUUAUCGUGGGUUUUUUUUACGAUUUGCUUUGCAUUUGGCAAGAUAUUUGUAAACUUAAAAAGGACUUUUC